AUGUGCGCUGCCAGUAAUCGUAGUCUUGAUGACAUCCACACGCAGCUACGAACCGUCGUCGAACCCAUCAACAUUGCGGAGAUGAACGAGUCGGAGGAGAUAGUAGAUCACUACGAUUCGGACAGCUCACCUUACUCGGUCCGUCCGUUGCCACCAGUUCUUCGCCAUGGCCUCGCCGCAGUGGCGACGAUGGGGUUUCUCUCCUUCUUCACCAGCCUGGGUUUGUUGACGUUUCUCACGUACAAACUGAUCCAAUGGCAACACGGCCCGCCGACACCGAAGAAGGAGGAUCUCAUCAUCAAAGUUGAGUCGCCGAGACCGACAGACGCGGCAUUCAUUAUUCCAAGCAAUUGGACUGCGGCAACUGAAGAAGAAGCUGCAAAGAAACAGAAGGAGACAUGGUGGCAAAGAGCUAUCAACGAGCCGCCGAAUCAGUUCCUCGUUCUUAUUUUCAACCUCCUACUUGCCGAUAUACAACAAGCGCUGGCCUUUCUCCUCAACGUAGAGUGGCUAACUAGAAACGCCAUUGAAGUCGGCACAGGCACUUGUUGGACCCAAGGAUGGUUUGUGUCGACCGGCGACCUGGCGUCUUCCGUGUUCAUCACGGGUAUCGCGAUCCACACCUACAUGUCUAUUGUCUCGACAAAGAAAAUCCCGACGUGGGCCUUUCAUACCGCAAUCGUCAUGAUGUGGGCUUUCGUGUACGGGACCGGGAUCCUUGGUGUAAUCAUCACAGAGAAUGGGAAGAGUGAGGGCGGCCUCUACGUGAGAGCCGGCGCUUGGUGUUGGAUCAACUCCAAAUAUCAGGAUGUUCGCUUAACACUUCAUUAUCUCUGGAUUUUCAUUUCACUGGUUCUCACAAGUUUAAUCUACUUCAUAAUAUUCCUUCAUUUACAGAAGCUGGCUCGGCAAAGCGGCGGGGUGAUUCCUUGCUGUGGACACCCAGGGACUACCCCAACCCUAUCAAGUUGCAGCGGAUCAAGUUCAGGCACCACGUCGAGCUGCGAUAACCACAGCACAAUCCCGAGCACCUUCUGGCGUCCGAUGUGCUUGACGACGAUUCUUAGACGACUACCCGAUAUUCCAGAUUAUGCUAGGCAGCACACAUUUCUUUUGUACCCUCUCGUCUACGUUGUCUGCACCAUUCCUUUAGCUGCUGGCCGUCUUGCCUCCAUGACAGGGCACGAUGUAUCUCUGGGAUACUUCUGCUUCGCGGGAGCAAUGAUCGCUUGCAACGGCUGGAUGGAUGUUAUUCUCUACUCUUCAACCCGACGAUCCAUCGUCUUCUCAUGCGAAGGGCCUCCAUCACAGGAGGUUGGCUUAGAGACAUUCUCAUUCAUGUGUGGCACGCCUCCAAAAUUCGGCAACACAACUAUUGUCAUGGGAGGUUCGACCUCUGAGCAAAAACGGCUGAGGCGAUAUAAUAAGUGGUGCGAGAGAGUUGCCCGCAAAGGCCCAAAAUCAGGCGGUUUGAAGGCGCUCAAAGUAGAUGGCAUCGAAAGUACAGAAAGCAUGAAAGGAAGCAUGAAAGGGUUUGGGAUGGGAGAGGGUUCGGUCAUGGGCAUGGCGAUUCAGUGCGAGACGACCACGACAGUCUCCGUUGAGGUCAACACACUAGCACCACCAACUCGGCCCAAGCUUGCGGCUAGGAAGUUGAGUGAUGCAAGCAACUACAGUGCCGGCUCUUCUACAAUUUGGGGAAAGGACUGA